AUGGAGGAGGACGAGGAGAUCCAGCCGCAACCAAGCUACGAGACAUGCAGUGUGCGGCUGGUGGUCCUUCACGACCUCGUUCCCGACGCCAGCCAGGAUCGCUUCAUGGAUCUGGAUGUACCUGUUGCCCAGCCAGAGGCGCUGCCAACGUACGGCGAUGUGGAGCGAGCCUUGCAGACCCAUGACUUUAGAGAAGUUGCCUUCCGCCCAAACCCUCAGUUUUGGUGUCCAGUCGUUGGCGUCAAGAACAAGUUCUACCCGUCAAACAAGACGAUUGCACACCCCGAAUGCGUUCAUCUUUCUCGCGAACAAAACUUGAGAUUGUCUUCCGUGCAACCCGCGUCCACCGACUUGGCCGACGACGAAACUAGCGUAAUGCAAGAUGAUAGGGACGACAUUCUUGAAUCUCUUAACGACCAAGACGGGCACGACGAAAACUGCCGCUCAAGAACGCCUCGGAAGCGCAGGGGAGUCCAUCUCACCAAGGAGGAGCGAGACAGACUUCCGCAGUGGAGCCCUAGUACGACGCUCAUUCCUGUUCGAACACGCCGUUGGUAUUGCUUCAAUAGACGCGAUCCGUCGAGGCCGCCUACGACCGUGCCAGACACACCAACUCUCCAACAACGAUUUAUUCGCGCCUGCUCCAGCAAGAAGCGAGUUGACAACAACUUUCAGUUACGUCCGGAGCUCGGCGCCGGAUCCUGCAGUUUCGGCCUGAGAUUGACGGAGCUUGGCCAACACACGCACGGCGAGCUGCACCUUAUUGGGUUCAAGCUCGAGCAGAUGGGUCGCCACGACAUGGCUUGCACCGACGGCUCGCUCGCUUUCAAGCAGCGCGCGCAUCCUGAAAUCAAAGAGUGGGUCAUGGAUCUGGUGCGCAAGGGGUGCUCGGAGGCGUCCAUUGUAGCGCAGUUGGAAGGGCCAACUCUCAACCCGCCGCCUCGCCCUCUUUCAAGUUGGAACGUACCGUACACUUCUGGUCGCUGGUAUCCCACCAAAGACGCAAUUCGCAUGAUGAUAGUCAACUCAAGCAGCGAGAAGCUACAUGGAACCGACCAGCAGCGCAUCGACCAAUUUCUCGCGUCAACCUCGUCGUAUGCCUGCUCUCACCCUCACUCGCUCUACCAAGAUGGGCAGUGCCCCGGCGAAAGCCAAUACGGCGACAAAAGCGAUGUCAUUUAUCAUCAAUUUGUUCACUGCGACUGCCAGAGCUGCCUCGAAAUCCCCCUGAGGGAGUCGAACAUUCUGAUUUUAAUGACGCCUUGUCAGCGGGCAACGUGGGACGCCCUUCGUCCCAAGGUCCUGUUCCUGGAUUCAACCUUCUCAGUCAACCGCUACGACUGGGCGACAACAGCACUCGUUGCUGCUGACGAAUCAGGCGCUGGUGUUGUGCCGCUGGCGUUCAUGAUCUCCGACAGAGAUCGCGAGCAUGAAUAUGCGCGGUUCUUGUCCGAGGUCAAGCACGCCGUAGGUGAAGCGUUUAAUCCGGUGCGCAUCGUCAUCGACAAAUGCGGCGCUGAGCGAAACUGCAUCAAUCAGGCGGUGCCGGGUGUGCAGGUGGCAACUUGCUGGUUUCACGUCUGCCAAGCGGUGGAGCGCCAGUACCCGGGCAGACUAGAUCUUCUCUCGUGUAUGGCUAAAAUGCGGUAUGCCAGGAAUGCACAAGAGCUGAAGGACGCGAGCAACAGCUUGCUCAAUGCCGCCGGCGAGUUCCAAGGUUAUUUUCUGUCUCAGUGGCUCAACGAACGAGAUAUUAAAACCUGGACGCUCUUCCACCUUGGCUUGGUGCGUGAUGCGCUGGAUCAAGGCCACACCAACAAUUUGAUUGAGCGCUUUUUCGGCACGUUCAAGUACAAGUUUCUGAAAGGUUACCGCAUGCACGAUUUGGCAGGUCUCGCAAUCAGGAUUGUUCGGGACACGAACCAGCACUUCUGUUUGCAACGCCAACGCCAGCUACUCGACAAGCCGAAUGUCGCCUUCCUUCCAAAGUUCCGCUCCUUACUGCUUGAGAAAGAGAUGCACGCAGAGAAGCUCGUGGAAACCGGUCAGGUGUUGGAGCUUCAUCGCUACUUUGGUGUAGGACUUGUUCUGCCUCAGCGGACGCUUUCUGAGCUUGAUCUACUCCAAAUUCGCGAACUCGCAAACGCUCACCUUGAGCCAUUUUAUCAGACGCGUGGCAUGCCCUUGACUGAGGGUUUGCAGCAGCUGCACGAAGCGCUGAAGCAACAGUACCCAGAUGUUGUGGUCGUUGGUGUCGAGCGGCGCUUUUGCAGCGCCAUGCACGAUCACGCUUUCAUUUGCAGCCAUAUCCGUGCCGUCGCGCGGCACUUUGGAGGCAUCGAGAACUUUCGUCUUCAAAUCCAUUCUCUCUUCGAAGAGCCACCAGUGUGUCCCGUGUCCCGCUCAGCACCCGUCAAUCCUGCAAGCGAAACUGCUGUGUCCGCAGCCAAUACUGCGUAUGCCGAUGAUGCCCUGCCGACUGGCGCAACCGACAUGGCCGUAGACGAUCAGCUUGAUGCAGACGGACCUGCUCGCACCUCUGACAUGGCCGUAGACGAUCACCUUCCCUCGGGCCCGGAUGCAGACGGACCUGCUGACCGCACCUCGGACCUCCCCGCCGAGCUCGAUCCGAAUCACGGCGCGUCACCUUCUGCGCGUAACUCCGAUGAUGCUCCAGAGCACAGCUCUGGACUUGUUGAGACGGUGGCCAGUCCCGACGACCUGGUGGACGAGCUCUCCAAGCUGUUCGAGAAAGGACUCGAGCGUCUCAAGACCAUGGCUCAGGGCGAUGAGUUGCAAAGCCUCGUUCGCCAGCUCACACGCAAUUGCAGCAACAGCAUGCGGAAUGCGACAGGUCAGCGAGGGAUUCUUUCAUUAGAUACCCGGCGCACGCGUGGUGCAACUCGUAAGGCUGCCAAAUCUACCCGAGCUGCCCAAGCCAAGGCAAAGCGAACUGCUGCUGCCAAAGCCAACCGAGCAGCAGCAGCAGCAUCAACAUCGUCAGCCUCAACCGUUCUUCCAGGUAACGCAACUGCAUCCGCAGCAGCGUCGUUGGCGACCAGUUCGUGGACACGACGCAAGAAGUCUGGAGUGAAGGGGCGGCCCAAAGCUAAGCAUCGUGUUCCUGCUGCACUUACCCGAGAAGUCGCAAGAUCCUUUUGCGCCAAAGACAGUCAAGCAUUCGAGAGCGCAAGGGCGGCGGUGACUGCGUACAACACCCAACAAUAGUAGUUUGUCGACUACAUCCCGACUUCUCGCAGCAAUCGCGGUACUCGAGAUCCGUGGGGCGACACUACCCCUUCAUUUGCUAAUUCCGAUCCCACAUUUGGGAAUGCGAGUGAUGGUGCACGUUCAGCCAGUCGGAAACGACCUCGAUUGGAGCCAGAGGCUGACCCGCAGGAACGGAACCAGCGCAACCAACAGAGGAUUGGUUUGAACAUUUUGCCCCUCAACUGCGGCCGCCUGGAGGGCGCUCAGCGGCCAUCCGUGCGCGCGACACAAUUCGACGGUUUUCACGCUACGACACGAGUCGGGAUGACGAUGCAGACGUGUUUGAGGCCCAGCCUGAGGAGAUGGACGACGAUGACUUCAGGUACACUCUGGAGGAGUGUGUGCGUGCUAGACGGCUUGAAAUGUUUGAUUCAGCUGUAAACCCAGAGUUUUUGUGAAGUUUUGUAUGAUUGUGUGUGCUUGGUGUUGUACUUUGGGUCAUUGUGGUGCUGUCCUCCCCACUGUUUUCACAGCAGCGGCGCCUGAGAGGUGUCAGCAUCCUUGACCCCAUUCGAUUUUAAAUUUUGACACAUGGAUAAACUUGUCUUUGAAG